CAGGCUUCACUCCGUUCUGAGCAGUUCACUUCCCAAGAGCCUCACAAUAUUGCAUAGCAGUGUAGUUUACAGCUUGGAAGGACCAAGCAUGAUUCUUCUCACUAUACUUUUCCCAUGCAUCAUUUCCACAUACUCCGCAUCAGUGAAAGGUCACAAUACUGGUCCACGAAUAAACAAUGACAAGUUAUAUAAGUUCACCUACUCCACAGAAGUGCUUAUCAACAGGCUAAAAGAUUUGCCCCAGGAGAGUGCAGGCUUCCGCCUUUCAUCUGGAGUGGAUGUCAACUUAGUAUGGAGGAAUCCCAGUAACGACGACGAUCAGCUGAUCAAAAUCGCGAUCACAGAUGUAACGGUUGAAAACGUCUAUGAGCGCCCUGCAGGGAAAAACAUUUUUAAAGGGAAGAAUAUGGACAAAGUAAUUGGAAAAGAGCAUCUGGGUGCUUUAAAAAGGCCCAUAGUUCUGCAAUGGACUCGCGGAAAGAUUAAAAACUUCUAUUCCUAUGAAAACGAACCUGCUCUUAUUCAGAAUCUCAAGAGAGGACUGGCUAGCUUGUUCCAGAUACAGAUGAACUCGGGGGCUGCCCGUGAGGUGGAUGUCAGUGGAAGAUGCAAUGUGACUUAUCAGGCUCGAGAAACUCAAGUCACUAAAAUUAAAGCCCUGAGCACUUGCAGAUUAGAACGGACAGGUUUUACCAGCCACAGUCAGCUUUUAGACGUCAGCAAAAAAUCCACUUCGGCCACCAUUUAUGUGCUGGAGGACACGUUUAUUAAAUCUGUCUGGGCAGAAGAAAACCAUGUUUUGAAUGUGAACAUUCAGAGAGAAAUUGAAGCAAAAGUGGUUUCAAAGCAGAAACUGGAACUGAAGUCAACAGAAGCUGGCCCAAGAGAGAUGGCUGGGAAGCAAGCUGCUAGCAUUAUCAAAGCUCUGGAUUCGAAUUACGUUGCAAUUUCUCUCGUGGCAGAGCCUGUCUCAGAUGAAUGCAAAAAUUGUCCCUCGCUCUUUCAACAGUGGAAUUCCAUCCGAAAACAGCUGGAACCAGAAAACCUUUCGAAGGCCGAUGCUGCGAAAGGAUUUUUGUCCUUCAUUCAGACUCUGAGGAAAGCUACAAAAGAAGAAAUCCUUCAGAUACUGAGAAGUGAAAGCAGUGUACAAGUUCUUCCCCAACUAGUUGAUGCUGUAGCCUCUACACAGACUUCAGCCUCUCUGGAUGCUAUACUGGAUUUUCUGGAUUUCAAGAACAAGAGUGGAUCUGUCCUUCAGGAGCGGUUCCUCUAUGCCUGUGGGUUUGCUUCUCACCCCAAUGAGUUACUACUCAGAUCUUUAAUUAAUACAUAUAACAGCAAGAUUGGCAACAGUGAAAUCCGAGAAACGGUCGUUAUCAUUGCAGGAGCCCUUAUCAGGAAGCUGUGCGACAGGGGAGGCUGCAAACUGCCUGCUGUUGCGGAAGCCAAGAAACUGAUAUUUGGGGGCUUGAAGAGGGCAGAGAAGGCUGAUGACGUGAAGGUCUACCUUCUGGCACUGAAGAAUGCCCUUUUGCCUGAAGCUAUUCCAGAGCUUCUGAAAUAUGCUGAGUCUGGAGAAGGACCGAUCAGCAAUAUUGCUGCAACUGCUCUGCAGAGAUAUGACCACUCUUUCAUCACUAGUGAGGUGAAGAAAGCAAUGAACAGGAUUUAUCACCAGAAUCGUAAAGUUCACGAGAAGACUGUGCGCACCACAGCAGCUGCUGUCAUCUUCAGCAACAAUCCUUCCUUCAUGGAAGUAAAAAACCUCCUGCUUUCCAUUGGAGAGCUGCCACUGGAAAUGAAUAAGUACAUGCUCUCACUAAUCCAGGACAUUCUCCAUUUCAAAAUGCCUGCCAGCAAAACGAUCCGCAAAGCUCUGAAGGACAUAUUCAUUCAUAACUAUGACCGAUUCUCAAAGAUGGGUUCUUCCUCGGCCUUCUCUGGGUACCUAACACGUGGCCCUGAUCUGUCAUCCACAUAUAGCCUUGACAUCCUCUACUCUGGUUCUGGCAUCCUAAGAAGAAGUAACAUGAAUGUGUUUCUUUUCAAUCAAUACACUCAGCUUCAUGCCAUCCAGGUGGUGAUUGAAGCUCAGGGCCUGGAAUCCAUUAUAGCUGCUUCUGCAGAUGAAGGUGAAGAAAAUCUGGAAUCUUUCGCUGGCAUGUCAGCAAUCCUGUUUGAUGUUCAGCUUAGGCCGGUUACCUUUUUCCAAGGGUAUGGCGAUUUAAUGUCUAAAAUGUUCUCAGCCACGGGAGACCCCAUCAAUGUGGUGAAAGGCCUCAUCCUUCUGGCAGAUUACUUGCAGGACAUCCAGCUACAAUCUGGGCUGACUUGCAGUACUGAAUUCCAGGGCGGCAUGGCCAUCGAUGUUUCAGGAGGAAUGGAAUUCAGCCUUUGGUACAGAGAAUCCAAAACCAAUGUUAAAAAUCGGGGAGCCUUGGCAAUAGUUGGCAACAUUGUUGUCGAUGCCUCCUUUGUGAAGGCUGGCAUGGAAACUAUUUCUGAAAUCGAAGCGAGCCUGGACUUUAUCUCCACCGUGCAGUUUUCACAGUAUCCAUUUUUAGUGUGCAUGCAGAUGGAAAGAACCGAAAGCCCUUUCAGGCAGUACAUAAAUAAAUACGAAAGCCUACCAUCUGGGAAAUCUUACAUCUCUCGGAAAGGAAAAGUGAGGCUGCUGGCGGGUUCUGAAUACCCCCUUCACCAAGAGAACUCCCACAUGUGCAGGAAAGUUUUCAGCGAUCAGUCUGAGUCCUCAGAAAGUUGGUUUUGAAAUAGGCAUCUGAUCAUUCAUGUGAUUGCACUGUGGCUGAUGUCACCUUUGCAUUCUGAUGUGGUAGCUUAGGGCCUGAAACUACGACGUUCAAGUGACAAGUCUAUGAGAACUUUGCUAUCAACUUCAAGAGGCCCAGAAACUUGUCUCAAGUGUGUGUGCUCUGUGUUUACAUUUUUACAUAUAUUUAAGAGAAAUGAUUUUUUGUAACAAGCUAAUGAAAGAAUACAAGUUGAUACAAUUCCGGGCACUCACUGAUGGCCAAAUUGGAUGUGAUGUGGCACAUCCAUGCUUGGAAUUCCCAAAGCUUUUUUCUUUGUUUUUUUAAAAAAUAGCUGGGGGAGGUGGACACACUUUGAAUUGGUGCCUCAAUGCUGGCAGGGGCAGGUGUGGUUUUUUUAACUCAUUCUCUCUCCCACCCCAGUAGUUUCUGCAACUGAAAAUUACUCCACUUGAGUUCAAAGCUGCUAUUAGCCUCAGAGAGGGGAACUGUACUGUAACCGUUCUUUUCUUCCUCUGCACCUAGUAGCAAUUUUAGUGAUUUAAUAGCAGCAAUUUAAGACAGGGAAGUGGCACAGAGGUAAAGGAGUAACCCCCCCUUCCUCAAUGUCACAACACCAUUCUAAAUGCCUCCCCUUCCUCAACUCCAUUGGUGCUUUUCAACAACGAAAAAUACUGUAGAUGAUCUGAUUAUGAAUCACUGGCUCAGUUCACACAACACUUUUCUCUACUCAGUGGGAAAACUCCACUCAAUGGUGAAGUUUGUAGGAGGUACUCACCACACAACAUGUUCCAACUCCCCUGUUGUGUGGGUGUGGCCUCCUGUGGAGUGGAGUAAAAGUCAACACAGCAUUUGAUUGACAGUUCCUCUGCCCUCUCUCCUCCCUCAGAUCUCCCAAUGGUAUCCCAUCAGUCAUUGCUGCAAAAAAGCACAAUCCCAGUGGCUCUCCAAGACUGGCACUCCCUCCUUUUGCCGUUCUUGCCAGGGAACUCUAUGGCCACUGGGAAACUCCACUCCACUCCACAGGGAACUCCACGGUACCCUCCAGACAACAUGGAACACAAUGGUUGUACAGGAACUCUCCUCUGCACAACAUGACGAUUGUGGAGUGUUUUUUUUUUUUAAAAAACCCCAACCCUCUCAAUGGUAGUGUAACAACUCCACAACUCACAUUGAGAAAAGUGCUGAAUGAACUGAACCACUAUCCAGUUUGGCUCCGAGGAUCAGCAUCGCUUAGGUGUUAAAAAAAAGAAGACAGAAAACCUAUACAUUGUUUCUUAACCAGGAAAUAUGAAUGUCCAUGGUUCUGAUAGGCAUUUUCCAAAAUUACAACAUGAAAUAAGGUAUUUAUAGAUAUUCUUAGGCUGCAGUCAUCAGUCAUCUUACUCCAAAGCAGACCAUGUUGAGAGAUCCUGAUUUUACUGGUACCCCUAUUUUUAAGUGGAUGCUGAUAAAAACAUAAGUAUUCCGUGCUAAGGUGGCUCAAAGAAUCUUUAGUGGAACCCAAGUGGGGCUAUCUUUUGUGCAAACCCUGUUGACUGGAAGAAUCAUGCCAGUGUUCAACUAUGUUCGCAUUAUAUGUGUUCAUAAAUACAUUUUCCAUGUAUUAUCCUUGCUCUGGGCCUUUUCCCAGAUACAGUUUGUGAGUUAUACAGAGCGAUCCUCUGCAUAAUUAUUCAGAAGUAAGAUGUGUUGUGUUCAAUCCAUUUAAGAUUGCAGUCUUGGGCUAGUACUCCUUUUGGGAUUCCCCCCUCCCCUGCCCUGGGCUGUUUAUUCAGAUGUCUGUUUUGAAAGACUAAAAUGAACAACCCGUGUACCCAUAAAUUAUAACUUAUCUUUGUUUUAAAAUGUGUGUGCAAAUGUUAGAUAUAUUUGAUGAGAAAAUGGGAGAGGGUAAGAAUCAAAACAUGAAUUUUGCUUCCUUGAAAACCAACAUGAUAGACAUAGUCUGUACCUUUUAAAGUCCUUAUCCUUUUAAAAGACCUUAUCCUGAAAUAUGGUGAAAGUUGAGAUGUGUUCACAUGUCACAAAACUGGGCCAGGAGAAGAUCUGAAAACAUCAGGACCAAAAAUAUCCAUUCCCCUCCAACUUUUGUAUUGCCUUACAAAUCUGUCCCCUCAUGACAUUGCAAAAUACUAGGGCAGUCAUGGGCCCCAUUUAUACUAGAUUCCUUUUGCUACUUUAUUGGGUAAUCCCCCCGCUACACACACAGAGCUUAGACUCUAGGUAAUGGGAAAUAUGAAAUGUGAAUAGAUUCAAAUGAAUUAAUAGAUGCAGUUGAGAAACUGUCAAGGUCUCGCUCUGUGUGUGUGUCCCCCACCCAAAGUACAGGCAGCUACUCUGAAUGGAAUCAUUCACAAAGCUGCCAUCUUGGGUCAGUAUGGAGUUGAUUUUUGUAACAGGUAGAAGUAAAGGAUCUAUGAAUCAGGGAGCCCAUGGGCUUACAAGGAGCAUAUUCAGAAGGUUGGCUUAAAUUGACUAGACUCCACUGACAAAUCCAGUUCUCUCUAAUCCUGGAUCAUACACACAACGUUAGUGCAGAUUUCCUGCUGGGAUCUUGGCGUCUUCUAUAACAAAACUGGGUUCCAGGUUGGAGAUCAAUGAUUGUUAUUAUGGUUGGACCUAAAUAGUUUUCAACCAGAUCAGUUACUUAAGGUUGACUGUCGCCCACUAACUAUAAGCUAUCCCUUAUAAUACCAUUCUGAUGAGUAAUGGUAUGGGCACUGCUUAAGCACUUCCAUUCCACCAUUCCAAUUUUGUAUACUGGUUGUCCACUAAAUUCUCCUUGCAAUUGCAAACCUACUAAGGUAGUGGCCCAGUUUUUCCCACUGGAGUUAUUCCACUUUAGCCUUCAAGGCCACUUGAACAUUGCCAUAAUUAUCCGAAAAUUUUAAGUUUCUAGAAAAGCAUCCUUAAAUAUGCCACAUAGUUUCUUCUGUGCAGGUAUGAUGCUACCAGACAGCCUCAUCUUUCCUUGUAAAUAAGUAAACAUUAUUCAAGUAACAGCAGCAAA